AUGGCAGCCAGCUUACCCCUCUUCCCGAGGGUCGUCUUUACCAUCAUUGAGCCUAUCUCCUUAGUUGCUGGCUUUGUAGGAGCUAUCCGUGACCCAGAAUGGUUCAUUGCUGAGCAGGUGCCCCAGGCGUACCCUGUUGCGGCUUCACACAACAGCGUGGUUGUUGCGCAGCAGCUGGGCAACAUGUAUUUGCUCAUGUGCUUUACAGGGCUGGCCGUACUGAUGACAACUUCGGAGAUCAAAGUCGUCAGAAGCUAUCUGGUGGCUCUCUGGCUUGGAGACGUUGGCCACAUUGCUUUCACAUGCUUGGCCAUGGGCCAGGACAAGAUGAUGCGGCCGCAUGAAUGGAACGCCAUGGCAUGGGGCAACGUAGGCUUUACGCUGUUCCUGCUAUUGAUGCGCUCUGCGACGCUGCUGGGAUGCUUCGGCAGCGUCAAGGAAGCUGUUUCCUCGAUAAAGAAGCGCAACUAG